UAUACAAAUAAAUGCAGAACAGCUCACAUGACAACCGAAAGUAUUAACCAUUGAAGUAAUAUUGGAAGAAACGAGAAAUUUAUGGAUACUGUACAAGGAAAUAGCACGGAAAUUUCAGCGUAAAUAUUGUUGUACGAAUCAUGGGAAAGUAUUUUUACUCAAACAAAUUUAGGACAGUUUGCUUGAAACUGUCAAGAACUUGGACACUUUGAUUUCAGUUUAACACUCAUAGAAAAGGAAAAAAAUUGAAAUCAUAGGAGCGAAAUCAAAUCUCUAGGAGCGAUAACAAAUCUAAUUUCUAUCACAAUGUUGAAUGUGUCAAAAUUUGGCCUAACUGGAUUGUUCAUUUUACGUCAGAUGUACAUUUUAGUGGCUGCUCUGACGACAGAAGAGCCACCAGCUGAUACAAAUGGGCCAGUUUUCACGGAAGACGUACCAAGCACAGUUGUGUUUGCUAAUACUAAAGGGGCGUCAAUUGAUUGCACGGCGCACGGUUUACCCCCACCAAAACUAAAUUGGAUACGAAAGGAUGGCACGGUCGUCAAAGAUAUUCCCAAAGUACUUCAGGUACUUCCAAACAAUACCCUGUAUUUUCUACCUUUUGAGCCAAACCUAUUUCAACCAGAUGCUCAUUCGCAGGAAUACCGUUGCAUAGCGAAAAAUAAAGGUGGGAAAAUUAUCAGUCGCCCUUUGCGCAUAACAGCUGUUGUUGUGGACCGAUACAAAGUCUACAAUGUUCAGUUAAACGAUGUCUGGGUGAUCAGCAACGGCACAGCCAUCUUAAAGUGUCUCAUUAACCCACGCUUUGUGAAUGAAUACAUUAAGGUUACAAAAUGGACUCAGGAUUCAAAGUCUAUCACCGACCACGACCGAGUUUCUGCAAUGAACAAUGGAGAGCUACAUGUCCGCAACGUGCAGGAUUCAGAUGCCUCUUUGGUAUAUCGUUGCGUGACACGAAAUAUACUGACACAAGAUACUAAGACAAGUCCUGCUGCUUCUAUACACGUCCAUGAUCCUCCAGUUAUUUGGAAAACACCAAAUAUUGAAACGACUGAUACAGGUUUGAUUAUCCAGGUUGGAAAGACAGCGGAACUACCAUGUGUAGCCACAGGCAAUCCUCUACCAAACUACAAAUGGACAAAAGGCAGCAAAACGAUUGUCAGUGAUAAAAAGAAAUUUGAACAAAAGGGUGGAAACCUUGUGAUACACAAUUUAACUGUUACAGACAGCGGAGUCUAUAAAUGCGGGGUUUUUAAUAAGAAAGGUUCAACUUCAGUGUCAAUACAGUUAACGGUUACAUCACCGCUCAGCGCUACUCUAUAUCCAGCCGACCAAAUCGUUGAUGCAGGUCGUGUGGCUACCUUCAACUGUUCAGUGCAGGGUUCCCCAAUAAACGAAAUUACGUGGUACCACAAUGGAGAGCCCCUCACCAACAGCAGUAGAAAACACAUCAUUGUUGAUAACCGGUUGCAACUACCGGUUGUGAAUAGAAAUGACCAAGGCAUGUACCAAUGUAUAGUAGGAAAUGAUGUAGAUAUGUCGCAGGCCACUGGAGAACUACGCCUUGGAGCUGCGCACCCUGCCUUUCUAGAAACGUUUGACACUGUUUUAGUACAACCCGGCUCCAACGUCACCUUUAAAUGUGCUGUAUCUGGAAACCCACCUCCGACAAUCCGCUGGACUUUAGAUGAUGAAUUGAUCUAUUCCAGUGAUAUUACAACGAUCAAAACAUACGCAACAGAGCAAGCAGAUGUAGUCAGCACUUUGCAUAUAACAAAUAUCCAAGUACAAACAGGUGGAGAAUACCGAUGUAUUGGAUCAAAUGUUGUAGGGAAAGUCACUCACAUGGCUAGAGCUAAUGUUUAUGGUGUUCCAUACGUUCGUGUGUUGCAAAAUAUCACAGCUACAGCAAACCAACCAUUAAUUAUGAAAUGUUAUGUCUCCGGAUAUCCGAUUGGGUCGAUUACCUGGUUCAAAGGGAAAAUAACCCAAAAAGAAGCAAUGGCAUGGGCCUCGCAGGCAUUACCAAUAGACCAUCGGCAAAAGGUGGUAAACGGAACCUUAACAGUGGAAGAUGUACAAAGCGCCUACGAUGAUGGUGACUAUACCUGUACUGCGGCUAAUUCAAAGGGAGAAGGAAUGAGCAGAAAUGUGUUGGUUCGAAUUCUAGAGCCACCUACAAUAACACCAUUUAGUUUCCAAAAGCAAACGCAAGCCGGUCGAAGAGUCACAGUAAUCUGUGUGAUCAGCAGCGGAGAACUACCCAUAGUCGUCGGUUGGUUGAGGAAUGGACAAGUGAUACCGCCAGACCUUGGCAUUACCGUAAAGCAAACAAUACAGUACAACAGUUUACUAUUUAUUAAAGAAGUGAGUCCCCGACAUAAUGGAAACUACACUUGCUAUGCUAAUAACUCGGUUGGCUACGAUAGCUAUACGGCCAGCCUUGUGGUUUAUGUGCCACCUCGAUGGAUCGUAGAACCUAAAGAUUCAUUUGCUGUUCUUGGAAAAUCAGUCCAGCUUCAUUGUAAGACAUCGGGAACCCCGACUCCGUCCGUUAUUUGGCAAAAGGCAAAAGGAAACAUUCUCGGAAACUAUGUUGACAUGAAUUAUACUCAAAGUACAUCAUCUUCACAAACGGGUGACGCACGAAUGCAACUAUUAGAAAAUGGAACUCUGUUGAUUAAUUCAGCCGAGGAAACGGAUCAUGGCUAUUAUCUGUGUCGUGCUAGUAAUGGCAUUGGUUAUCCUUUAAGUAGGGUUGCUCAAUUAACAGUUCACAUUCCUGCAAGGUAUGAAGACGAUAGUCAGAAAAAUUACACUGUUAAGAAAUCAGAGAAUAGCACCAUGGAAUGUAAAGCGAGUGGAGAUGAACCGAUUUUCGUGACAUGGCGUUUUGGUUCUGAUACUAUAAAUAGUAAAACCAAUUCAAGAUUAAAAGUGGAGAAUAUUGGCACCAUUUCACGUCUGCACGUAACUGGUGCGGUUCGAGAAGACAGUGGCAUCUAUGUUUGUAAUGCUGAAAACAAAUAUGGCUAUGGAGAAACAACACGCCGCCUUAUUGUCGUAGAACCUCCAGAACGGCCUGUUCACUUGAAACUAGAGAAUCGUGCCAGUCGUUCUGUGAAUAUAUCCUGGGAAGAACCUUAUAAUGGCAACAGUUACAUCACAUCGUACGUGCUGCAAUUCAAGAAUGAAUCUGAUAUUUGGAAACCAGCUCCGUCCAAUGUGACUGUCAUAGCAACAGAUGAUAUUCCGGCAGGUAGUAUUUCAGGUUUACAUCCGUCCUAUAAAUACCAAAUUCGCGCCUUAGCUAUAAAUGCAAUUGGAACUGGGUCACCCAGCACGGUCAUAACUGUGUCAACUGAUGAAGAAGUGCCUUCAGGACCACCUACAGAUGUUAGAGUACAAGCAAGCGGAUCAACAUCCUUAAAAGUCACUUGGCGGGCUCCUCUCUACCAAGAACAAAAUGGCAAAAUCUUGGGUUACUAUAUUGGAUACAAACGUCACAAUUCCAGUGAUUCGUAUGUUUAUCGAAAAAAGCUGACUGAAAAUAACAGCGAUUUGGAGCAACAGAUCAAAGAUCUUUUGAAAUUCACUCGUUACGACCUACAUGUCCGUGCUUACAAUUCAAAAGGUUUAGGACCAAUAACAGACGAUGUAACAGCUUUUACUUUAGAAGACGUACCCAGUUUGCCACCCCAGGAAGUCCGCAUACGUGAUAUAAAUCCAGACAAUAUCCGAAUAUCAUGGGUUGAACCACCAUAUUACACCGUUCAAGGUGUGCUCCAAGGCUAUAAAGUCCUUUAUAAGGAAGUAAGAGCUGAUGAAGAUGAAACGGAAGCCAGUGAUGUAACAACCUCCAAGCUAGAGACUGUCGUAACAGAUCUUAAGAAAUAUACCAACUACAGCAUUCAAGUGUUGGCCUACACUAUUAUGGGAGAAGGAGUAAGGAGUGAGCCUAUCUAUGUAAUGACUAGAGAAGAUGUACCGUCACAGCCACCUAAUGUGAAAGUUAUCACUGAAAAUCGAAAUACAGUUUUGCUUCUGUGGGAACCUCCGGUCCACCAGAAUGGCAUUCUCAUUAAAUACAUAAUCCGUUAUUCAAACAGUUCAAGAGGCCCUCCGAAUAAAAAGAGUCCAAAAUUGGAAAUCAAAGCUCGACGGACAAGUUACAUGAUAAGUCGUUUGUUAGAAGGACAGGAGUACUUGUUUACAGUGAGCGCAUGUACAUAUGGUGGUGAAAGCAUUCCGAGCGAUGUGGUUCGAGCAACGCCAACUGACAAAGUUCCGGCUCGAAUUACGAAUUUCUCAAGGGAGCAAACUCUCUAUUGGAAAACUAAUUCUAUUCUGAAAUGUAACGCUCGUGGAAAUCCUAUCCCGCUGAUUUCAUGGAUAAUGAAAGACAAACCAGUUCUACUCAGUAAAACGGUGCAAAAGCUUCCGUCGGGCUCUUUAAAUUUGAAGAGUGUUCAAUUCACAGAUGCAGCUAAUUAUACAUGUCGUGCAGAAAAUAUAUAUGGUAUCGAGGAAAUUGUAAUUUCUGUUAAAGUUAUAGUGAAAAAGAAAGAUCCAGUUGUACCUCGAGAACCAAAAUUAAUGUUGGCUUCAUCAACAGCAUCUACCAUCCAGGUUAAUUGGAAUUCUAGACACAAUGGAGGAAGUAAAAUUAAAGGAUUCUAUGUCAAAUUCAAAAAAGAACACGGAGAAUGGCAGUCUUUGAAAGCUGAUUCCAUAAGCCGUACAUACAUGUUCAAAGGAUUGCAAUGUGGAACAGGAUACCGAUUUAUUAUCAACUCAUUUAAUAUAAUUGGAGUUAGUGGUGACAGCACGCAGAUCAAUGCCAAAACCAACGGUUCUUCUCCUGUAAUGCCUGCACAAGAAUUAAUAUUGAAAUCUGUAAACUCAACAUUUGUGCAACUGGAUCUCUCAGCCUGGAGUUCGGGUGGAUGUCCUAUCAAAUUCUACACUGUGAAAUAUCGAAUGAACGGACAUGCUGAAUGGGUGGAAGUUUCAAAUAACGUUGAUGGAAAUAUGACGUCUUUUACGGUUCGAGACCUACGCCCAGCGACAUGGUAUUGGAUGAAAUUGACUGCACACAAUGAAGCAGGUUCCACAGAAAGUUUAUUUAACUUUGGAACACUUACUUACAGCGGAAGUACAAUCCGCCCAUUAUUUGUGGUACAUCGUAAAGAAGGUAAAUUCUAUGAGAAGAUAUAUGUCAUGUUACCCCUGUGCACCGGAAUUAUCCUCAUUCUAGUUGCUGCUGUGGCUGUCCUUCUGUGGUGCCGGAGACGCAGUGAAAGACUUCGGUUUAAAGAGUUUCACUUUCCAGAAACGGCUUCAAACCUACGUCGGGACAUCACAGCGGAGACAUCCUUAAUGAACGACUUGGACAAGCGAUUGAACCUUGACAUGGACUGUGGAGGAGGUAUGCCGGACUCGUUCUGCAAACGCAAUCUAAGUUUACUGACAUCUGCAACGCUGCCGGAAUUGAUGGCUAACAAUGGCAGAGCGAAUGGGUCGGCAGGCAGCGAACAUACCUCUUGGUUGUUUCAUACAGCCUAUCCAUCAUGGGAUGGAGGCAAGAAUUCCGGUGACAUCUCUUAUGCCCCGAAUCGAGCAGGUAUCGCAGUACAUCCCUGGUCCUCGCCAUACGCUGCGACUCUUUCUUCUCGUUAUGUCAGUAACACCGCCCCUAAAACAGCCACAUCCUACAAAACAAAGCCGUACUCCAGUAAUUGUUACGACACCACCGCGCCCUACGCAUCGGUUUCAGUCGACGCAUUAGACGACACAAACCCUUAUGCCACCAUUAAUCAACUAAGCAUCACUAUCAACCCAUCAAAACCAGGGCUUCAUGCGAACUCUCAAUCUUCCGAUGAGGAUACAGUGGGUUUAGAAAAGGCUGCUGCUCAAAGACAGACACGUGGCCCACCAUUGAAGAUGCGCCCAAGAAUGCCAUAUCCGAACUCAUCAUCUCUUUGUAAACCACCGAGAAAGAAAAAGGAAGGUUAUGAAAAUAAAGGGGGCCAACGUCAUAGUGUUAUAUCUAGUGUAACAACAGUUUCGUCCAGCAGAGACGAACUUCUUGAAGCCUACGAGAACGCUAAGAGGACCCAAAGAGCGCAACCGAUUGUGUAUGAAACUCAUCCGGAUUUUAGUUCUCAGCCAACAGAUAGCUCCAGUGCUACAGAACCAGGAAUCCGAGAAUUCACACAAUCACCACCAAAACCAGAUGAGCGUCGUGAGGCUUCGUGUGAAGUACCGCCAUAUGAACAACGUCGGCACCUUAAAGAAUUUGAUGCUGAGAGUGAUACAACAGAAUGUGAGAUGGCGCACACAAGGGAACGCAGUCCACCGCGUCGUAUCAGGGGACGGCACAAGGGGAAACAGAAGGGUCAGGUUGUGAGUAAACGAAAUCUAGGAAUCAUUCCUAGGACACACAGCCGCACAAGUACAACCAGUACUAACAGCGAGGAGGUGACAUAUGCUUUCUGUGAGAGAGAUUAUCCUAAACCUGGAAGUCCAGUAGAGAGUUAUAAUCCUUAUACUUGUGACACACAUCCUUGUUCCGAUGUAGAAUUAGAUGCAGAUAACCUUCUGAAUAAAUCCAGAACCAGUAUACGAAGUCCUAUAUUUUUUAGAAACAAUGCCCAGAAUGGUCGCAAUACACCCCACUCAAGGAUGCGAUAUGAUGUCAACCUUGAUAUUCCGGGUACUGAGGAAUGUAAACCUUUAGUUAUGACACUAAACCAAGCACAGACGAUAAGUCCGACAAUUGAACAGGAUAACAUCAGUAUACUCGACAGACACUACCGACCAGUCAAAGAUCCUGGACUCUUACCCCCUGAAUCACCUUCCAGAAUAACACUCGAAGACUAAACACCAAUUAUACCGCUAACUAUACAAUUGUAUAACAUUGACAGUGGAAGCUUGUAUAUGUAAUAUAAAUACCUCGUUGUAAUACACACAUACACACACACACACAUACACACACACAUGUACAUAUAUAUAUAUAUAUAUAUUAUAUAUAUAUAUAUAUAUAUAUAUAAUUAUUAAAACCAACUCUACCACCGAAGCACACGGUUUAAUUUUCGCAUAAUCACUAUAUCCGAUGUCCACCGAUUAUUUCUAGCAUCAUCAACAAAACAUAUAGAACUACAAUGAAAUUCAAGAAAUAAAAAUCGAAUAAGCCCAAAUCCCACCCCACCAAAUAUUUAAUAUAAUCCCCUCUAUUAGGAAUAUGUGAUUAGCGAAAGAUUUCAUCUUAUCUACAACGUUCUCGUUUGCGUUGUUCUAUUCUCCGUUAAAGAUUGAAAAAGUGUGCGCACCAAAGAAUAAAAUGCUUCUGCUGCAAUGGAGUAUACAUAUAAAAGGGGGUGAAUGGCGAAGGCAGACAAAACACUGAGAAAUCAUUUAGAGAGAAAUCAUCAACCAAUGAACAUAAUUUUUUUAAUGUGUCAAAGAAAAUACCAAGCCUAACAAGAACUUUUGGACGCUCUUAUUUAUUUCAUUUCAUUUCAUUUUAUUUUUUUAUGACCAAGAUUAAUGGACAAAUCGAUAUCAUAUAGAAACUUCUUAUAAAAAAAAAAUAACUUUGGCACAAACGGUUGACUGCUUUGAGCUGUCCUGUUCAUCCCUUUGCAUCCUGAAUUUCAAUUCCCGCUGACACGGACUUCGCGUUUCAUUUCUCUAAGAAUCGUAAAUUAAGCAGCCAUUCAGUACAGUUGGGAUCAGUUUAAUCUACCGUAACCAUCCGUUGAAGUUUGAGGCCUGAAUGCCAUUUUUUUAAAUGGAAUUUGUUCGUAUGUUAUACUAGGGCAAAAAGUUUAGUAAACGAUGUUUUUCGUAGCAAAAAUUCUAUUUUCCUAGAUGAAAAGUGAAUUAUUAUUUUUUUAAUUAAGGGAGUGGAUAGUAUAAUCAGUGAAGUCCGGAUGAAACUAUCUCCCCUGCUCUGAGUUCAAAUCCUGCUGGAGACUACUUUUCUUUUUUAUCAUUCCGGGAUAAAAAAAAGUAAGUCAGUCAAUCAUUAGUGGGGUUCAAAUUUCCCGUUGAAAUGUGUGGCUCUGUGCCUCUGUUAUAAAUCAUUAAUCUUGUUAAUAAUAAUGCUUUGUAGAUGGCCAAGAUGGUAAUUUUACAGACUAAAUGCUCCCUAAUAUAUCUGCUCAUCUGCAUUUUAUUUAUUGGCAUCCAAAGUUCCUACCGAACUUGACCAUAGCUGAUAUCCCACCAGAAUCAAUGAAAAAAGAAUCAAUGAUGCACCAAUGCUAAAUCAUCUAAUUGUAAUGUUUAAUUGAAAUGCAGUUGUCAAAUAUCGCAGAGCCAAGUCCGUGACACAGUCGUAUUUAUCCAUGAUGAGGAACUUGACAAACCAUAAUCUUUAUACGAUGCCAAAAACCUCCGUACAUUAUCUAUAAAUACCUACCAUUGUUCAAAAUUAUUAAGCAUUUCAAAUUGUUGAUGGAAUUAACUUAAACAAUUAGAACUACAGUCUAAAUGUGUAAUGAUAUUUAGUGACGUUCUACGAAGAUUUUGCUCAAAUUCCACGAGGAUCGAUAAUCCCUAUCAUUGAUUCUGAGGUCGAUGAAAUAAGUGCCAGUGAACCAAUGAAAUCAAUUCAAAAUGUUAUUACCCCACCCACAACAACCUUUAGGCUUCUGCUAAAUUCGGAACCAGAAUUUAAGCAAGACCUCGCUUGUGCCAUAUUUGAAUGUGAUAUUUACAUUUUCAUAUAAACUAAAGAAAAGAUUCAUGAGUACAAUCAGGACUAAUUUAUUCAUUCAUUUGUUAAACAUUUUGUUUUAAGAAUUCCAGCUCAACUAAGAUUUGGGUUCUUAUAUCCACACGCUUGUACAAAGUAGAAAAACACAAAAAUAUACAGUAUUACACACAUGAUUUCAAGAAUCUAUCAUUUUUUAUAAUUGUUGCUCGAUGAAUACAAAACUUACAAUGUAAA